AUUUCAUUCAAUUCGUUCAUUUCGUUCCUUAUUGGGGUCGACAUUGAUGUCGUAUAAAAGUGUUGGCGCUCAUUUGUAUUGUAACCGGCUUUUACUUUCUUUGUUAAAAUAAUUACACAACGUUAACUUUGUAUAAAUAUAAACUAUCAUACUUUGGAAAAUGGCAAGCGAUAUCAAAACUACGGCUGAAAAUGCCGACAUGUCCGAAUGUGACGGAGAAAAAGUUGUUACAAUGAUGGACGUCUUGCAAGAACAGGAAGAUUUUGAAGAAGAUGCUAACGCAGUAUUAGGAGCGUCGGACGAUAAAAAUUGCACCUAUUCUAAGGGCUAUAUAAAAAGGCAAGCUUUAUAUGCAUGCCUGACCUGCUGCCCUGAAGCCAAAUCAGACCCAAAGAAGAGAGCUGGCGUGUGUCUUGCUUGCAGCUUGAUGUGCCAUGAAAACCAUGAACUUAUUGAACUUUACACUAAACGUAAUUUUAGAUGUGAUUGUGGCAAUCCUAAGUUCAAUUCCCAUCCCUGUACUUUUACUUCUGCAAAAUCUGACCUAAAUGAAGACAAUUAUUAUAACCAAAACUUCAGUGGCUUAUACUGUACCUGCCAAAGACCCUAUCCUGACCCUGAAUCAACUGUUGAAGAUGAAAUGAUUCAAUGUAUCAUUUGUGAAGACUGGUUGCAUGCAUCACACCUGGAAUCCACAGUUCCAGCCAAUGAGCAAUACUCAGAAAUGAUUUGUAAAAUCUGUAUGGAUAAAAAUGAAUUCUUGCAUGACUAUAGUGAUUUAGCUGUUAAUACAGAAAGUAUUGAGGUGGACAUAGUAACUGUUAAUGGUAAUAUAAAUAAUUCUAAAUUAAGCAUUGGUAAUAAAACUGAAGAAGCUACUGACUCUAAAUUAAAUCAAAUUGAAAAUAAAUCCAAAGAUAGGACAACAGAAGAAAAACCUGAUACUAGUGUAGUUACUAAAGAUACAGCCUUAAUAGAAAGUGUAGAAGAAAAUGAAAAUAAAUACAAUGAGAGUGAUAAAGAAAAUAUCACAGAAAAUCCUUUAGAAACUAACCAAUCAGAACAGGACCCACAAACAAAUUUAUCUUCAGAAAAUACUACUUCAAAUAUAACACAAGAACUAUAUAAUGACCAAAGUGAGCAAGAUAAUAUUACUGAAGUUGAAACUAAAGUGGACUCUGUUUUAAAAAGUGAUAAUGUUUUAAAAGAUCCAACUGAUGACACUGCUAUGGUCUGUGAUAAUUUGGAAAUUAAUAAAGAAAAUGUUUCUAAUGAGUCUAAGGAUGUAGAAAAAUCAAAAGACCAACAAGAUAGUGAAACAAAUAUCAAUAAAGUAAGAGAAAACAAUGCAAAAGAUGAUGCAGAAAAUACUAAAAUUGAAGAAGACAUAAAAUCAACUUCAAUGAAUGCAGAGAAAAUGGAAGAAGAUAGACUUUUAGCUGAUCCAGAAGAUGAUAACCAAAAAACAGUUAAAGUUGAGAAUAAUGAUAAUGCUACUGACAAAGACUCGUCAACAAAAGAUAUUAAGAGCGACCCUGUGGAAACAAAUGAACCAAAGUCAGAAACUGAACCCAUUUCUGACAAUGCAGAAAAUUCUAAAACUUGUGAUGAGAUAAUUGAUACAAAUAAAAUUUCUAAUGAAGCCAUAGUACCAAAUGAAAAUAUUUCUAAUAAUCCUAAUAAUUCCGAAACUACCAUUGUUUCAACAGAGUCUGAAAGUUCCGGUGAAAAUAAAAUUAAAUUGGAAAACUUACCUAGACAAGAUAACAAUUCUAUGGAGGCAACUACUCAAAGUGAGAGUAAUAAGGAAGUAGAAUCUGGCAGCUCAGAAAAAAGAAAGUUCACAGAAGAAAAUUCUGAUAAUGUGGGAGCUAAAAAACCAAAACUUGAUGGUAACCUCUGCAUAAGACCGAAAGGAAUAAAAAAAGUAUACAAAGGAGCUACAUUUUGGCCAUCAAACUUCCGACAGAAACUCUGCACCUGUCAAGAAUGUUUAUCAAUGUAUAAUGACCUCUCAGUUUUAUUUUUAACUGAUCCUGAAGACACUGUUAGUGCCUAUGAAAGCUUGGGCAAACAAAAAAUAAAUGGUGAACCAGCAACACAGUAUGAAAAAGGAUUGCAAGCAUUAUCAUCUUUAGACAGAAUCCAACAAAUAAAUGCUCUGACGGAAUACAAUAGAAUGAGAGAUAAGUUACUAGAUUUCCUAAAAAGUUUUAAAGACAAAAAAGAAAUUGUCAAGGAAGAAGACAUUAAGGCUUUCUUUGCAGGAAUGAAACCUAAACGACAAUCGGAUGGUGUUUAUUUCUGCAGAUAAUCUCCUUUUUGACAUAAUUUUCUACUUUGUUCUUUAUUUCAAUGUAAUAAAUAAGAUUUAGUAUUUUAACUUGAAAAGU